UAACGGUACGUAAUAUCCUUUUCGAAAUAAAAAGCUAUGGCUUCUACUUUUCUCGCAACUUCAUGCAUUACCAUCUCCACCCCGUCCAAAUUUUCUCACAAACCAUCCCAACUUUUCGUACAUGCAAAAUGUAUCGAUAACUAUAAGUUGAAUUGCAAAAUAAAAAAUAGCACUGCCAAUCAUGAUGAUGAAGGAAGAAAUUUUCCAGGUAAAGUUGACAGAAGAAAUGUCCUUCUUGGAUUAGGAGGGUUUUAUGGAGCAGCAAAUUUUAUCGGUAUAGCCAACGUGCCAUUUGCCUUAGGGCUUCCAGUACCAGCCCCUGACCUUUCAACAUGUAGUACAGCAAGUCUUGCUGAUGGUUCACCUAUACCCUUCAAUUGUUGUCCACCACUCCCUAAAAAAGACCUUACUAAUAUCCCUACUUAUCAACUUCCUUCUGUGUCUAAGCUUAAGGUUCGACCAGCUGCACAUAGUGUGGAUCAAGACUACAUAACCAAAUACUCUACUGCUAUUCAAAGAAUGAAGUCAUUGGACAAAGAUGAUCCAUUGAACUUCAUGCAACAAGCCAAUAUCCAUUGCGCUUAUUGCAACACUGGUUACAAAGAACUAGGGUUUCCAGGCGUGCCGUUGCAAGUUCACUUCUCGUGGCUAUUUUUCCCUUUCCAUAGAUGGUACUUGUACUUCUUUGAAAGAAUUCUUGGGUCAUUAAUAGGUGAUGACACUUUUGCUUUGCCAUUUUGGAACUACGAUACUCAAGUUGGCAUGCAAAUGCCAUCUUUGUACAAUGUUGUUAAUUCACCAUUGUACGAUUCAAAUCGCAACCAAAACCAUUUUCCUCCUAAUGUCAUCGACUUAGGGUUCACUACAAUCGACCUCGAUGCCACUGAUGAACAAAAAAUCAACAAUAAUCUCACUAUGAUGUAUCGUCAAAUGAUCACGAAUGCCCCUUGUCCUCAGCUUUUCUUUGGAAACCCGAUACGUGGAGGGGAACAACCUAUCCGCGGUAUGGGUACUAUUGAGAAUAUCCCACACAAUGCGGUGCAUCGAUGGGUUGGUAAUCCAAAUAAUAAGUUCAGGGAGAACAUGGGGACUUUUUAUUCAGCUGCUCGGGAUCCUAUCUUCUAUGCCCAUCAUGCCAAUAUUGACAGGAUGUGGACAAUAUGGAAGACUUUAGGAGGCAAACGCCAUGACUUCAAUGACAGGGAUUGGCUAGAUAGUGCCUUCUUGUUCUAUGAUGAAAACCGCAACCUUGUCAAAGUGACGGUCCAAGAUUGCUUAAACGUCGAGAAACUAGGAUACAUGUACCAAGAUGUGCCUAUCCCAUGGAGGAAUUUCAGGCCAACUCCACCUAAGAAAAAGGUCAAGAAGAAUGCCAAGAGUGUGAAACCAGCCACCAAAAUCUUCCCAUCUAGAUUGAAUAAAACUUUGUCAUUUUCGAUCCAGAGACCUAAGAUCUCAAGAAGUAAUGAAGAUAAGGAAAGGGAAGAGGAGCUGCUCGUCUUCAACAACAUGAAAUUCGACGAAAAUGAAUACAUAAGAUUUGAUGUUUUCAUCAAUGAAGACGAAGACGUGAAGGCGAAGGUUCUCGACAGGGCAGAGUAUGUUGGUAGCUUUGCAAACUUGCCUCAUAUGCAUAAUGAAGCUGGUGAUCAGAACACAGCAGCCACAAUUCCAGCUACUAUGAGUUUGGCGAUCACUGAGAUUUUAGAGGACUGUGGGCUUGAAGAUGAGGAAGAAAUUGUAGUGAUUCUUGUGCCACACUCUGGAGGCAAAGAGAUCACUAUUGGCAGCGUGGAGAUUAACACUGUUGCUUGUGCAACUUGAAGUUCUCUGCGUGCUCCUAUAAAUCUGCAUUAUGUAUUACGUAAUCUCUUUUUCGUUUUGGUUGUUUCUCUUCCCCCUCUUUUCUUUUGCCUUCUAUUGUACAUUUUCUGGUUUGACUUUAAUGUUUUUCGUAAUAAGAUUUUUUAUCUUGCAAGUA